AUGGGUGGACUGGCCUUACUUGCUGCGGCGGCAGUAGCCGUUUCUGCUGUCACCGCCCAGACGUUCCAGCGACUCGGCGCUUGCCCGGAUCUGGGCUGCGUUCUACCGCCCGAUCAAUCAGACUUCCUACCGGGUCAAUACUUUGACCUUCGUCUUGAAGUACACGCCCCAGUUAACGGGUCAGAAGCCUUCAACAAUGGCGAACCGGACGAGAACUUCUCCGUCACCAUCACCAAGGAAGGCGGCGAGUCUAAGAGCAUCGCCGAGUUCUUCGAUGUUGCCGAACCCGAGCUUGAGAAGUGGGACUUCCACUGGUACGAGGAUCUCUUCGCCAAGGACGCGCAUGCGCCGUCUAUAGUCAAUGUCGCGUCCAAGAUCUACCGGAAGCUGGCCAUCUACGAGCCGGGGAACUACGUCGUCACGCUGAAAUAUUAUGACGGCCAGACGACGACAGCUAACUGGGUUGUGCGACCCCUGGCUACUCAGAAGAAGGCCAAGAAUGUCAUUCUGUUCAUUGGUGAUGGUAUGACCACCAACAUGAUCACUGCUGCGCGCCUACUUGGGCACAAGAGUAUCAACGGAAAGUACCAGUCUUUACUGCAAAUGGAUCAAUUCCCUGUCGUGGGACACCAAAUGACCCAUUCGAUUGAUAGUUUCAUCACCGACAGUGCUAACUCGGCGUCUGCUCUCUAUACCGGACAUAAGAGUACUGUCAAUGCUAUGGGUGUCUAUGUAGACUCAUCUGCAGAUUUCUUUGAUGACCCGAAAGUUGAGACCAUCGUUGAGCUAUUGAAGCGUACUUGGGACUCGGCUUGGGGUGCCGUCUCGACUGCGGCGAUCUCUGAUGCGACGCCUAUCGCCCUCACUGGCCACAGCCGUUCGCGAUAUGCUUAUGGUUCCCUUGUCGAUCAAGGAUUGAAUUCUGUCACCAACUAUUCCUGGACGAACCAGGGUGGUCCCGACGUUUGGUUUGGCGGAGGUGCUGAGCAAUUCUACCCGAAUUCUGACAGUUAUGAAGGCAAAGACUAUUAUGAAGCAUUCGCUAAGGCUGGCUAUGAAAUCAGCUUGAACAAGACGUCGCUAUUAGAACUUGGCAACAACAGCAAGGCUCUUGGAAUCUUCUGCCAAUCUCAUUUCCCUGUCUGGCUAGACCGUAACGUCUUCACGGAGAAUUUAGAAAGCUUCAAGAAUGACCCCCUAGGCUCGGAUAGCCCAGCUCUUGAUCUCCCCGGUCUGAAGGAGAUGACUCUGAAAGCCAUCGAUAUUCUACACACGCGUGGUGGUGAUAAGGGGUUCUUCCUUAUGUCCGAGGGCGCAUCCAUUGACAAGCAGAUGCACGCUCUCGAUUAUGACCGUGCCCUCGGCGAUCUCCUCGAGCUUGACGACACAGUGCGCGCGACCAUUGACCACCUCAAAGCAAUCGGCGAGCUUGAGAACACGCUUGUCAUCGUCACUGCCGAUCACGGUCACGGUUUCGAUGUUUUCGGAGGUGUCGAUACGAAAUACCUCUCCGCUCAGGACAACGACCGUGACAAGCGUCGCGCCGUCGGCAUUUAUGAACAGUCUGGUCUUUCGCAGUACACUGUUCCCGUGGAGGGUGUCUCGUACGGUACCGGGCCCAACUUCCCCGUAAACUGGGAUCCGCGGUACAGUCUAGCUGCAGGCCUCAGCGCCAACCCCGACCACCGCGAGGACUACCGCGUGCACAAGAAACCGCGCAAGGUUGUCAGCAACACCCCGGGUUUCAGCAAGAACGAUCUAUUCGUAGAUGCCAAGGACAGCCCUGACGGGUUCGUCGUCAACGGUACGCUGCCUGUCUCUGAGUCAGCGGGCGUGCACUCACUCACCGACGUGGCUGUGUUCGCGAUGGGACCUUGCCAAGAGACCUUCGGCGGCGUGUACGGUAACAUUGAUAUCUUCUACAAGGUCGCGAACUGCUUAGGUCUGGCACGGCCGGAUAACAAGCCUCCUGCUAACCCUGGAAGCGGAUGCAGAAAGCAUUAG